AUGGUGUCAACAACUUCAGAAAUUGAUACGAUACGAAAUUUUCUAAAUUUUCCUGGUAACGUCGAUAUCGCAGAACUUGCAACUGCUUUGGGAAUUGUAAAUGUCUCUCUAGAAGGACCGAAUGGAGAACAAAGAAGGCAAGCGAUCCUUGAUAGUAUACCUUUCUCAGCAUUCUUUACUCUUUUAGGAAGCUACGACGAUGCUGUGACUUCCGCAGCCUGUAAAGUCCUUGAAAAACUUUUACGAACAUUGAACUACGCGGAUAUAGAAUCUUUAGAACUUAAGGAAUAUUUGACGUUAGGCCUUCAAUUUAAUUCUUCGGAAGUUCGAAUGUUGACAUUAAGUCAGGUUGAAAAAUGUUUGGAAUCUGAAGAAACAGUUCAAGACCUGGUUAGAUCGCCAAUGUUUCCGGUAGUGUUGGAAGGAUUGGGUUAUGAUGAUAAUUUAAUAUCAACUAAGGUGACAGAAUUCCUUGUUAAGCUUGUUAGUUGCUCUAGCGGGUUACAAGCUCUUUUUGAUUCAGGGUCUAUUGCAAUCUUAGAUCAGCUCUCUCAUGGAGACGAGACAGUAAAAUUUCGUGUAUUCGAUCUGGUGUCUCGAAUAUCAAUAUCUUCUCCGGAAGCAUUUCAAUUAUGUGAGAUGUCUGGUGCUCUAAAUGCGAUAACUUCUGAAUUAAAUUCAAAUGACUUAUUAAUUAAAUUAAACGCAAUAGAAACAUUUUCAAAGAUAAUUCAAGGCCGUACUGGAUAUAUAUUUCUUGAAAGAGCUGGAACUAUACAAUCUCUUGUAGAUGCCAUGGCGCAAGAAGAUGACAAUGACAUUGAAUCAGUAUUAAUGCAAUGUGCUACGCUCAAAUUUUUUGGAAAAUUAUCAGAAAUAGAGGCAUGUCCAUUAUUAACAUUGAGUAAUUUUCAAGGGAUGGAUUUCGCAGAGAUAGAUAAUAAAUACAAUAUAUUAUUUAAAAUGAAUUCAUAUUUAUCUAGUUCCAAUAUGAGUUUGAAGAUAAACACGAUUAAUAUUAUUGGAGUUUUUGGAAGUAAUCCUCGUGGUCUUAAACUAUUAAAUGCCAGCGUAUCCCCUAAUAUACUCAGCAAUUUUAUGGACCUUUAUCACAACUCAGUAGGGGAUGUUAAAAUAGCUUGUUUACAAUCCAUUUCGUGUUUGCUUGGUGUUAGUGAGGAAUUAACACCAGAAAUUUCAGAUAUCACCCAUCAAAUUUAUAAUCAAAUUGGAGGAGCUCCUACACCACUUUCCACUUUAAUUUCUAAUGUGAAACAAACUUUAGAAGAGCUUCGAAUCACUAGCUUUGCUAUCAUGCGAAAUAUGGCUCUGCAUCCUUGGGGUCAAGCUGAGAUGACAAAUUCCCGAGAAUUUAUUGAUUACAUAUUAAAUCGAUCCACCGAAACAACUAAAUUGGGCAAGGAAUGGAAGUUUACAAUUGUUCAAGCUUUGGUCCAAGCUCCUAACGCCGAAAAUAUUAUUCCCUCAAACAUUUUUGAUCGUCUAACGCGAUAUCUUCGAGAAGGACCUUUCUUUGUGAGAACAGAGGCUGCCGUUGCAUUUGAGAGCGCAUAA